AUGACUUUACCAAAUCAUCAUCUUCAGCAUCAGAAGGUUUAUCCAAUUGAAAUUACAAAUGAAACAACACCAUCAGCAUCAGAUUCUACUACUACUAGUAAUGAAAUAUCAUCAAAAGCAAUUGAUAAAGUCAAUAGAAAGGCUUUCGUAAUUGAUGAUUUUGAUAAGAGUAUGGAAUUGAAAAAUGUAGAUGAAAGUUUGGAUGAUUUUAGUUGGGUUCCAAAAUCACCUUUAACCUCAAAUUCUACUUAUCGACCAAAAUCAGCAAGGAAUAGAUAUGAUCAGGCCUUUAGAAUUGAGAAUGAUCUUCAAGUCUCUCCGAAUAGUAAUCAACAAGCCUCAUACUACAAACAAGCUGCCUUCAAUCAUAUUCUUAAUAAUUCAACCAAUGUAAAUAAUAAUAAUGAAACAACUCAAAAGAAUGAUGAAAAGAGUGUUGCUAAAACUAAACCAAAAUCUGCACCUCCUCAUAUUAAGAGAAAUACAUCUGAUAAUAAUUCUGAAAGGAAGAAUCCAUUUGCUAUCAUUAAGGGAUUGUUGAAUAUGUGUAAAACCAAGAACCAUGUCGUUGAACAUGAUGAAACAAAAGAAAAUAUCAAACCAUCAUCAGCUAAAAGUAAACAUUCAGAAACAUGUCAGAAUAUUACAAUUGAAAAAACUCAAGUGGUUGUCUUUGAUAAUAGAGCAAAUAGAGAAGAACUUCCACCAUCACCUCAAAUGAAUAGAAGAGCUAAAUGUGGAGGAUAUGGAGAUGAUGAUUCAAAUAGAGAUCAACCAAUUAUUGUUCCUCUAUAUUAUCAUGUAAUGAAUGCAGGUAAUAAUCCUCAAAGUAGUGAAGCUCCUAAAUCCAAUAAUCCAAACACUAAUGUUCUUGACUUGUCUGAUUCUGUUUCAGAUAUUCAAGAAUUUUAA